UAAAGGGACGUGACGUCAAGCUCCAUAUUUGCAUAUUGCGGAGUAUAAUAAACCUCGAUUGAGCUGUACGCCUCUACUUGUAUUCUGCGCCAUCGGGAUUGAGAUUCAUCAGUAUCCAACCCUCACGAACCCCUGUAAAAAUGUCUGACAAACCAGAUCUCGCGGAAGUCUCCAACUUCGACAAGACCAAGUUGAAGAAGACAGAGACGCAAGAGAAAAACCCCCUGCCCACCAAAGAGACCAUCGAACAGGAGAAGCAGGCAACAGCAUGAAGCGCAGGCCUCCACUACGCACUGUACAUUCCGAGCAUUGCCUUUUCUUUCACCUCUUAGCUGUAUAACUGUGUAACCCAAAACCUAAGUUGCAUUGUGAUUGGAUGAAAGCCGAUGACUGUACAGCCCCACCCUCCUUCGAACCCCUCCCUUUUUUUCUAUAUUUUUUUUUUCUUCUCCCCCACCCCCCAAGUCUGAAAGAACUACUGAAUGGCAGUCUUGACUAGGAGGAUGUGUUGCUCAUCUUUUCCCGAUUCACUUCAGCACCCUGUAGCCUGGUCUCUGUAUCCACCUGUCUCCAGCCACUUAUGGUUGUGGAGGGAAAGGUGUGGCCAACCUGACCCGGAGGCUACUCACUUCUGACAUCGGAGUGUGGCUCAUCUUCUGGCAACCUGUGAAAUGCUUUCAAAUCGAGCAAUGUUUUAUUUUCAUUUUGUUCAAUUUGUUUUGUAUAAGUUCAACUCUUGGAAUGCACGUUUGUUUUGAUAUGCAAAUAAAAAACAAAAAA